AUGGCGACCAUCAACCUUGUGCCGAGAGAGGCGACGGACACGCUCGACGAGUCCGCCGAGCCGAGCUCGACCAUCGCCCCCUUCCACACGGCGCUCAACGGCGUCAACCAACCCCUCAACAUGACCUUCAAGGACGUUCUGUGGUGGACCCUCGGCAUCGCGGGCUUGCUCAUCCUCGCUAUCCGCAUCCUCGAGCUCGUCUGGGCCAAGCUGCGCCAGUUCUCGGCCAUGACGCAGCCGCGCGAGAAGCAGACGUACUGGAAGACGUCGCAGUGGAGCUGGAUGCCGGCCCUCAAGAAGCACGUCACGUACGCGCCCCUCUGGAACAAGCGUCACAACCGCGAGAUUCGCCUGUCCUCGGCCAUUAAUAUCGGCACCCUGCCCUCGCGCCUGCAGUUCGUACUCCUUGCCCUCUACCUCUGUAGCAAUGCGGCCUACAUCUUCGCCCUUAACUACGGCGUCGAGAACAAGUUCGCCCUCUGCGCCGAGCUGCGCGGCCGCUCGGGCACCCUUGCUGUCGUUAAUAUGGUGCCGCUUGUUAUCUUCGCCGGCCGCAACAACCCGCUUAUUGCGCUGCUGCGCAUCAGCUUUGACACAUACAACCUCCUACACCGUUGGAUCGGCCGUAUCGUCGUCGUCGAGGCCGUCAUCCACACUGUCGCCUGGGCCAUCCCCGCCGUUGCCGACCAGGGCUGGGCCGGCGCCUUCUCGCCCGCCCUUAGGAGCUGGUUCCUCGGCUCGGGCUUUGUCGGCACCGCCUCGCUCGUCCUCCUACUACUGCAGUCCCUCUCGCCCGUCCGCCACGCCUUCUACGAGACGUUCCUCAACAUCCACAUGGUGCUCGCCAUCGUCAUCUUCGGCUGCACCUGGAUCCAUUGCACCUCGGGUGCCCUCGAGCUCCCGCAGCUAUCGUGGAUCAUGGCCAUCGUCGCCCUCUGGCUCGCCGACCGCGUCGCCCGCACCCUCCGCCUCGCCCUUGUCAACUGGUCGAGCCGCGGCUUCACUGACGCCUUUUGCGAGGCGCUACCCGGCGACGUGACGCGCGUUACGCUGCACCUGCCGCGCUACAUGGACAUCAAGCCCGGCACCCACGCCUACCUUCGCUUCCGCGGCGUCAUGGCCUGGCAGAGCCACCCCUUCUCCAUCGCCUGGGUCGAGCACCAGAUGAAGGACGAGCUGCUGCUCGCCGAGAAGGAGCCCCUCAAUACGAUGGAUCGCAAGCGCGCCUCGACGGCCGUCUCCUUCAUCAUCGGUGCCCAGACGGGCAUGACGCGGCGCCUCUUUGAGCGCGCGAGCCUCUCGACGGGCGGCAUCCGCAUUGGCGCCGCCAUGGAGGGCCCCUACGCCGGCCACCACAGCCUCGACUCGUACGGCCACGCCGUGCUCUUCGCCGGCUCGACGGGCAUCACGCACCAGUUCUCGUACCUCCGCGGCCUCAUCAAGGGCUACAACGACGGCAGCGUCGCCACGCGCCGCGUCACGCUCGUCUGGAUCGUGCGCUCGUACGAGUCGCUAGAGUGGGUGCGGCCCUUUAUGGACUCGGUCCUGCGCCUGCCGAACCGCAAGGACAUACUCCGCAUCCAGGUGUUCGUGACGCGCCCCGACAGCCGUCGCAACUUUGGCAACAACAGCCAAACGGUCAACGUGCUCUACGGCCGGCCCAACAUUCCACUCAUCCUCUUCAAGGAGGUGCAGGACCAGAUCGGCGCCAUGGCGGUGAGCGUGUGCGGGCCCGGUGGUCUCGCCGACGACGUGCGCGGCGCCGUGAGGAUGAUGCAAGGCGACAACGUCAUCGACUUUGUUGAGGAGAGCUUUACGUGGUAG